AUGGCGACAGGUACGAAAGAAAUGAAGACAUCUUUGAAAAAUGCACGAGAGUGCAUAAAAAAUAAGGAAUAUAAGGAGGCUCUCAAACACUGUAAGGUAAAUAUCCAAUUAUCACAACUAUUACUUUAUGUGAAAUCUUGUUACUUCAUCAGAUCAGUAUAAAUCCCUUUAAAUUAGGUCUUAAUACAGUACGGCGAACCUUCAUGUGUAAGCUUUUAACAUUUUAAGUACGUAAAGAAGUAACCCUGAGGGUCUGGCACGCGGUAUGGCUGGUCUUUUCAAGAUUUCUGAAGACAGUAAGUGCGUGGUUGAUUAUAUCAUUUCAAACUGCCAUUUACUAUGAAUAACAUCUUUCAUUGUUAUCUAUCGUGAGGGUAACAUCAUGUUCUCUUAUUGGUUGCUUCAAUUUCACAUGACUUUUUAAUAAAACUGUCCCCUACCAAACGUUCAACGUUAGGGACCUUAUGCACCAGUCAAUUCCAGCUGCGCCCAAUAUGGUUGUUUUGCCAGCAAAAUUCUCUACAUGUACUUAUAUUCUGAUAGGAAACCGCAUGCAUGUCAAAAGCUUGGGAAUAGCCCUGGGGUUGGCAAAUGCCCGGCCCCCAGGCAGAGCAAAAUUUGCAAAUGCCCCACCCCCAGGACUGACAAGGCAGGCAACGCCCCCGCAAUAGCCCAGUGGGGGGGGGGGGGACCUGUGCGCAGCUGGAAUUGACUGAUGCAUUAAGCAGGAAAAACUUUGACAUCCUGGAUGUCAAAACGGCAAUCCCAAGUUGAUAUUUUCUCUCUUUCAGUGCUCUGGCUCGACAAAUUCGUACAGUGGGAGUUAAAACAAAGGCAUUCAGAUUUUGUUAUGUUAGUCAGAAGUAUUCUGUCAAGCGAGACAUCAAACUUCUGGUUGCUGUUGAUGACGUCUGGGAUGUAAACUUUUUGUUGCUUAAGCUCGCUAUUGCAAAAUCUGAUGGCAGCAGCCUGGGGGGUUGGGGUUCACCUGUAAAAAGUGAUUUUGUAGCUGGUUAAAUAGAUAAAUAUAUAAUAUUAUCGUUAUUAAUAACAAUUUCCUUAAAAAACAUGCCUUAUUAAAUUACUGGAACAUCUCAUAUCAUAUUAACAGAAAAAUACAGCUUCUGUCAUCUUUUUUUGGUUCAAUACUGUAAGAGAUACUGCAACACCUCUUAGGGAAGCUUUUCAUCUUAUGGCACCUCCAACAAAAAUUUUCCCCUUUAAAGAUGAUGAGCACCCCUGUUGAAAUGUCUCCACCCCCAAAUUAUACCCGAAAAUGUUUACUGCUCACCAUGAUUUAAUUUCCUAAAUUUUUAAACAUACAGCUGUAUAAGUUUUCCUGCGUGGUCUUUACAACAAACCACUUUCAACACAGUUUGCAGAGACUCAAUCUAAAUGAUUUUUCCUUGUGCCUCGUGCAACUCUUAAGCCUCUUUCAUGCUCUUCAAACUUCUGUUGUGCUUCAUAUCUCUGUCAAUACAUGUAUCUGGCAGGCUGACACAUGCACCAAGUUGUAUUGUUAGCUGCUACCUGAGAGACCAGUCACUAAGUUAGUGUUUAUUGUUCCAUAUUGGUAUGUAUAUUUAUAGGCUGUCUUGAAGUUGGAUAAAACCAACUACACUGCCUUAGUGUUCAUUGGCAAAUGUGCUUCAGAGCUUGACCAAGCCGACCAGGCACUCAUGGCCUACAGAAAGGCAAUUGAAUCUGAUGAGUCACAGAUCCUUGCUUGGCAGGUAAGGGAUUAAACCUUAAUUAAACCUUAAUUGAACCUUGAUUUAACCUAUCCAAAGCUGAAAAUAAUUUAUCAAAACAUCUAAAAAACCACCAGCUAAAUUUUUAAAGAACAAAUAAAAAACUCUGAACUCUGAAUUCAUCAAUCAUAUCCAGAAUCCUGAACAUAGGCAUAUAGCUCCCAAAUUUCGGAUAGGAAGUCAUAAUUUAAAGAUAGAAACUGGAAGAUUUACAAUUCCCAAAACUCCUGAAGACCUUAGAAUUUGUGAUCACUGCUAUGUAAACUCAGCUUAAAAUGAAAUGCUCAUAAUUAUUAUUUCACUCUAAUCUAUAUAAUGAUUUGAGAAAGACUCUUUUUAUUAAAAUCACUGACUGAAAUGCGUUAUUUACAAAUUACAUUGUCCAUGAUAAAGUCUGUUUUUAACAAUACUGAUUCACAUGUCAGCAGGCUAACUGCUAAUUUCGUCUUUCAAGCAUUUGAAAGACGAAAGACGCAUUAUUAAUUCUACCAUUCCAUUAUAUCUUCAUUUCCUUCACUUUAACUGUUUAUUGUUAUUUUAAUCGGUAACACCUGUACAAAAUGGUAAUACUGAAUUAACUUUUUGUUGUUGUUGAGUCCUGUGCAUGUGUGCUUUAUUUUUAUGCUAUAUCAAAUUCCCCUGGUUUUAUGUUUUUUGUAUGUGCAUGAUUCCUAAUCCAGGUAAUAAGCAAAACUGGCCAAAAGCCAAUUUUUGUUUAUUGCCUGGAUUUUGUUUAUUUUUGGUUUUCAUGUCAUGAUUGCCAGAUUUCAUAUCGUUGAGGAGGUCCAUGUAAUUUCAAGUUUUUGAAUGAUUGGAUGUUAAAGGAACUAAAAUAAUUGGGAGAAAAAACAUCAUACACUGUAGACAGUUUGUGCUCUUAGUUCUUUAACUGGCAGGAAGAAAGAUGGUCAUUAUUGUUAAGUUUUCAUCAGUGAUGUACUGAAGAUUGUCUCAAGCACCUGAAAAAGAUUUGCUCCUUACUGAAAUUUAAAUGCAAAACCUUGCUGUUUUAAGGGUCUCGCUGCUCUUUGUGAAAAAGAAAACAAUCCACUUCUUAAAGGUGAACUUCCACAAGUUUACACCAAGCUUCUUCAGUUCUGUGAGAGGUAUGUUGCUGCUACUAUGUGAUCUUAUAGUGAUUGGGGGGUGUUAUAAGUCAAAUUUCCUGUAAAAUUGUGAUGACUGCUUGAUAUGCCAAAAUUUGAUGGUCACUUACAAGUCAGGUGAUUGCUAGCAAGAAGUUCCAAAAUAAUAGUGGAGCUCUGCUUAUGCACUACUGGAGCCCCAUAACUAACAAAAUGUGGUAAUCUAGCCAUCCAAGAAAUUUUAUUGUUAUGUAAUCACGUGACCUUUCAUCCGCCUGAUCACUUGUUAGUCCACACCACCGGGAAACCAACAUUAAAUGCCAUACUUUCUAGCUAGUGUGGGAGCCUGCAACCUGAUAUUGCACAUCCAUGUUGUGGUCAAUUGACAGCUGUAAAAACAGGUUAUCCGCUAACCAGCAUAAUGUGACUGUAUUGCUGGCUCAGGUGUCAAACCAUCAAGGUUAUGUGUUUUUUUAAGUUCUCCGCUGACAAGUUACUAUUUUUUGAUUGAUCUCAGGCUUAACUUUAAGUGGAUGUCUAUUUAUUAAUGGGAGCUUUCCCUUAAGCCUUGGCUAAAUUUAUUAAAUUAUGCUUUGCCUGCUGGAAGCACACUAAUUUUGUAAAAUUGGUCUCUCAUGACAGAUUGUUACAUAUGGAGAUUUGGCAGUCACUGUGUUAUUAUAAAAUUGUAGUAGUAAAUGUAUAGUUUUAAUAUGGACCGACAACUGUACUGGAAAUGCAAUGUAUGUCCUUGGAGUAAGUCCAUCACUUUCUCUUUACACAGUGACAAGACAAAAUGGAUUGAAAUUGCCUCUAAACUUGCUGCAGUUCUUGAAAAUCAGGGUGACAGUAUAAAGGUAGGAUAAAUUAACUUAAAAUGCAUGCAUGCAUGCUCACAUCAGUGACCUGCAAGUUUUCAGUAGAUUUGGCCAACAGAUCUGCAGGGCUUGAAAGUUGUACUGGAAACUGUGUUACCAAAUUUUGUAUGUUUAUAAAUGUCAGUGUGGUUAUUUUUUUUUAUGAGAAGGGGCAAUGCACGAAAGAGUAAUAAUAAAUAAUUACUCUUUUGCAAAGCAAAACAGUUAUGUGAGUCUUAAUAACUUAGGAAUUAUUGAUGUUAUUAUAAAUAAGCUUUUAACUUUUAUAGGCAGCAGAAUUGUGGGAGAAGAUUGUUAUGGCAACUGAAAAUGUUACAGAGGAGUUGAACAUUUGGUUGAGAAUUAUUAAACUGCUUGAAAAGGUUAGUUGAGAUAAACAUUCGGCUCCUCUUAAAAGAUCUACACUCUGCUGGAAAAGGCCAUGAUAUUAGAUGCAUUACUGAGGGACAUGGAACUAAGGAGAGUUACUUUAGGGUUAUUUGUACAGGUUGUCACAAGGAUUUAAAGAUUGUAAAGACAUUUUAAAUCCCAGAAACUAUUCUACUGAGCUUUUAAUCAUUUUUUAUGUACUCAAAAAUUUAUGUAUAUAAGAUGUAAUUUUGGGAAAAUCAUAUCAUAAAUUUGUAGCAGGGAUAAAAAUAAGGAGAAGAAAGUUUCUGACCUGCAAGAGAAGAUGAGUGGCAACCAUACUUUGUGAUUUUAUAUAGCAUGAAUAAUUUAUUCUGCAAGUACGCUUGUUGUCAUAUUUGACUACUACAAGAUCUUAUGACAUUUCACAAUAAACUGUUUCUUGGAGAGGGAAUGCAGUGUUUCAAAAUCAAUGAAAGCACAGUGCAACGAACACUGUUGACCAGAAUCUCAUUCAUUUUGUUUUGCUUGACAGCAUAUGCAUUCUUGGGCAAGUCAUACUUACGUUAAAUGUUAACAGAAGGUCUGUUAUGUAAUUUAAAUAUAAUUAUUUAAUUAUUAUCAGACAGCUUGUUGUCUGACAAUGAUUAAACUAUGAAAAAUGACACAUUUUUAAAAUUAUUUUUUCCAGGAAUCCCUAGGAGAUAAAGAUAUUGGGAAGGUACCUACAAAAAGCUUUUUGCAUCAAUGACACAAUCUUUUUAGAGUAUAAAAUUCUUGCAAAAUCUAUUCUGUCUUAUUCUGCAAAUCUUUGUCACUUGCACAUCAUUUUACUGUAUUCCUUUUCAAUGAUAAGAGUACUACCUGUCUUCUUUAAUGCUGGAAUUAUUUAAUUGUAAUAAAAUCUUGUAUGAAAUUUUAAGUUACAGGAGGCCUAUGAGAAAGUUGCUCAUGGCCACUGGCCAUUGUCUGAGCUGGGCCCAAAUAAUGAGCUGGAAAAUCAUUAUGAAAAUUUCCUCAGAUUUUUGUUGAAACAUCAGGUAAACAGCAAAUAUAAUAAUUAUUACAUCUGUUGCAGGUCAAAAUUUCAAACAAUUAGGGCUAGGAUACAGAGGAAUUGAGAAUCAACUUAGGUUAAAAAAUUUUGACCUGUAACAUACAGCUGUACAUAUAUCCACUUUAAAAUGACGGGAAAAGGUUUUGAUACAAACCUGGUCUUGUAAAUGUGGGACUUUCUCUUUUGCCACUUCUUCCUUGAAUUUAGAAAAGCUUGCCAUUUUUUAUUGUGUAUAGUUGUGGAAGAUUGUUUUAAGUGUAUUAACUAUGGUAGAAAUUAUUUUAGUAUACAUUCAACUCCCUCUUAGACAGACACCUUUGAGAACCAGCACUACAGGUCUAUGUGUCAGGGGCACCCAGCUACGGUCUCCUCCCAAAUACAUUGAAAACACUUUUUAGGCUAUCCAGAGUACUUUUAGAUCUCUAGAAAAGCAUUCUAAGCAGCGCUGUAAAAUUUGUAUCUGUUCGGUCAUCCUAGGGGAACUUGAAUUUUUCGAAAUUGCAAGGGCUUGAGCAUUAUUUCCCCGAACAUUUUAGAUGAAAUUUGACGCAUUAUGAAAGUGAGACAUUUUCUAAUUCCCCUCUCCAUAACAUUUUUGAAUCCCAAAAUUUUAGGUUUCCUUUUUUCAAUGAAAAAUAGCCUAACUUGGGGAGUAAAAUCGGAAAAUUAAACUUCAGAAAAUGGUAGGGAAUUUAUUAGAUAAGCUUCGAAAAUUGUACAUGAAUGGAACGGUCAUCUAGAAAUUGUUCGCUGUUGUCAAGUAGUAGAACAUUCUAGGCAAUAUUUGCCUCUCCAAACAGACGUUUUAAAGAAAGCAGUUGUUGGGUGCCCCUGAUGUGUCCAUCUUAGACAGAUGUCUAUUUUGUAGAGAGUCAACUAAAUAGAUAUGGUAGGGUUGAAAUCUAGGUGUCCGUUAGUGAGGUUUCGGUCUUAUAGAACUGUCCGUUGAGAAAGAGUUCACUGAAGUAUCAAUAAUUUAUUGUUGAUGAGUUGAGUAAUAAUGAAAACUAUGGUUAAGCUUAUUCGAGCAUUUAUGGUAGUUAGUUAAGUGGUUUUUUUUACGUGCUAUUAAUAGAGACAUAUAAGCAUUGUGUUUACAGCAAAUGACAAACGUGAGAUUCAAGUUGAGAAAUCUUCAAAAUGAGAAAUGAGCAGAUAAAAACAGCUUAAAAGAAUUCUCACGGAUAGAACUGGUGUGAAUCUACCGAUUUUCGUGUACUUAUAAUGAACAGUAGACAAUAAGUAAAUGGAAAACUUGGUCACGUGCUACAAAUUCACGUUUGCCAUUUGCCAUAAACACGAUGCUUAUUCUCUUUAAUGACCCUUGACCCAAAAUCCCUCACUUCAUUGAAUCAGUUACUUGCAGUACGAUAUGUUUCUCUAUGUGUGACAGAAGUAGAACUUGAACUAGAACCGGGAACUAGAACUCAGAGGGUCUUGAGUUUGAUUCUCACUUGGAGCUCGGAAUUUUUUCUGAGCUUUCUGGUGUUACAAUUCUCCUUCUUCCAAAUUCUAUUCACGGUGUUCCUUAGCCUACGUAGUAUGGCGGUUUUGGUUGGGCGCGCUAAGUAAUAAAGGCGGGCGAGGGCAGAGAAACCGCGAGGAGAUUGGGGCGGAAGCAACUUGAAAAACCGCCUGCACGCACGGACGGGGGGCUUUUUUGAGUCGGUCCGCACGCCAGCGUACGGAUCGUUCCGAUUGGUUCGGAAUGUUCGCCUGUCAAUCAAAUAUUUUGGUAAUCUCCCAUGGGAGAGUUUCGAGGGACUGAACAAAUCAUCUCCGCAAAACAAAAUCAAAAUAUCAAAGAAGCGUUGACCGGAGCGUCGUCGAUCUUGAAUAUUUGACGGGAAAAUAGGGCAAUUGUAUUGAAGCCUAAACAGGAAAUGGCCAUUUACAGUCUUCUUCAAAGGAGAGAUGUCAUGGAAAUUUUGUCAACAAGAUUUGGCAAGAGCAUGAUCUUUACUGUCUUUGCUAUGGCCAAAGAAGAAAUAUCCUCAUCGGAAACCUGUAUGAUCACAAUUUCCCCUCUAAAAAGUACUAUCGAGGACCAGAUAUCUGAAAUGGUGUCGCUGAGAUGUAAAGCAAUGGACCUUAUGACAGAAACAGUAAAUUUCAGUGCUUCGAGAAAGUUCACCUCAAUUUUCUCUAUUACUCGGACUACUCGGUGUUAGAGAAUAACGCACUCCAGCGCAAUACAUCGAACGGCGUCCGCGAUUGUGGUCGAUGAAUCGUAUAUGGUAGAAGACGCACGGUGUGAUUCUCCAUACUUUUUUGCUUGGUGUAGCUUAAGCUACAACUCAAAUCUGAAGAUCGCGCUAUACGUAAAAAUACAACAUCCUGCAAACAACAGUUAAAAAGCCGGGCCCAGCGUCAAAACAUUCACGGACAAAGCAGUGACAAAGAAACUACAAACCAAGGCUCCUUGGUUUGUAGUUGUCCAGAUCCAGGCAUUUUAGUCGGAAAAGACCAAAGAAACUAAAAUAUUUAUUUAGCCGUAAUAAAAAGUUUUAGGCUUUAAGAGUGGUCAAAGAAAUUAGUACUUUACAACUGCAUCUGAGAUCAACAAAUUCUAAUUAGCGAAAAUAACAUUAACCACAGGAAAUAAUUACUCAAUACGGAUUAAACAAACCAACUCCAUGACCUCUAAAUAAAUGUAAGCAAAUUAAUAAGAUCUACUCAGUCAAGUUUAGAACGCAGUGUAGUCACCUAUGCGCAGAUAGCGACAAAGAAAAAACCCGUGUUUGUUCAAGCAAACUCCAAUUCCGGCCAAGGUCACGUUUUACACCAUAUCACGAGCUUUUGUGUCGUGUUUAGGCUGUCAACACUUUAUUUCUGAUUGGCUGGGAAAACUGAAACCAAACAAGUUGUCAACAGGAUGUCAAAAUGAGUUGAAGGGGGCGGCAGUUGAAAAGGCCACGAAUCCGGGCAGGCGGUUUUUAUUUUUCUCGCGGCUUCGCCGCUCGUUCUCGCGCGCUUCGCGCGCGAAUUUCGCGGCUACGCCGCUCCUGCGCCUAGCCUGCGUGCAGACGAUAACUAAACAGAGUUUAAUUUCGUCUGCGCGCAGGCUAUCCUGCGCCCGGCUCAACAAAACCGCCAUGCUAUGCAGGCUACGCGUUCCUUUAAAACAUACAUGUGUUAUAAUUGUUAUCAAAACACUGUUUCUCUGUUUAAUGGAAACAUCUCUCUCUUAGGCUAGUGGAGAUGAAGAACUGGAGAAAAAACAAAGACUUAAGAUUCAUGAUGAAGCUAAAGCCAUGGUUCAGUUGUUUCCUUGUUCCUUGUUUCCUUUGGAGUUACUGGGAAGACAUUUUAUUCACUCAAUGGUUUCUGCACGUAAGUAUUUCUUUGAAAGGAUUUUUCUGCAGGUUAAGUCCGUCUUUGCUCAGUGUUUACAACACUGAAUAUCGUGUGUCUUGAUUCUUCAACUCACCAACUUUGUGAUUUACUUUAAGGAGGAAUACAGAAUUCACAGUCUGUGGAAAUGUUCUUGCAAAGAAUUCUGCUAAUUAAUCAUAAAUUGCCUACAAAUUCUUAUAGUCCGUUGGCAAAUGUUUUUGAAAUCAUAUAACGAUUUAGCCAGGGCUAAAUUAAAGCGAAGCUCUCGUUAAUAUACUUAUAAUUUACUCAAACAAAAAAAUAAAAUCGUGUAAUGCUAAACGGCGACGGCGACGGCAACGAGAACAGCACAAAAAUCAAUAGGUCUAUUUAGCAGCACACUUUUUUUCCUACUUUUUUCUCGACGUUGUUUUGCUCGGCUACGACGUGAAACUCCCUAGUAACACAUCUUAUGAAGGAAAUGUUGUACAGUGGAACCCCGUUAAUACGACCACCGUUGGGCCAUAAAAUCCUGGUCGUAAUAACGAGGUGGUCGCAUUAACGGGGUCUUCAAAAUAAGAAAAUGAGUCAAUGUUUUUUACGUUUGGUUUGAAAGAAUAUGGCCGUAAUAACGAGGUGGUCUUAUAAACGGGGUGGUCGUAAGGCGGGGUUCCACUGUACAUGUUUGUGCACACCAAAAGUUUUGUUGCUUGUGUUCCUGUUGGCUUUUUUUCACUGCUGCUCAUUUUCACCUUGCUGGCCACUAGCAUUUCUCAUUUUCUCACCGCCAAUUUUCAUGUUUUUCUUCCAACGAAAUUUGCCUUCUUUGUUUUUUUAUCUAACACUUUAGCUCUUUAUCCGUUAUCCACGUCAGUAAAGACGUUUUUAUUUAGUCGGACUUGACUCUGUUGUUGUUUUUUCUCUCUAAAAUGUCCGGGUGGUCCAUGCAAUUUCCCGCCCAAAAACUCCGUGUUGCAUCCGGGUUGCCAUACCUGGUGAUUGAAUUAUUAUACAUUGGUAUACCUGUGGUGUAGACGGGAGCGCGUACGGUCAUGUGAUUACCAAAAUUUUUAUGGGAUGCAUAGAUAACCAAAUGUUAUUACCAGUGGUGCACUGCACGCGCGGGAGAUCCGCCAUAGGCCCUUUGCAGCUAGGCAUUCACGUGGUAGAAAACCGCUGUGCUGGAGACCAAAGUCGCACUGGGACAAUACAAACAAAGUAAUUAAGAAAUUACCAUUUAACAUUAUGUAUGCCUUUGGUUUGUCUCCUCUCAGUGCGACUUUUGCUCUCCAGCGUAGCUUGUACCACGUAAAUGGCUAGCUGCAAAGGGCCUAUUACAGUAAUAGUGAACAAAGAACAUGAAGCAUAAUUAUUUUAGAUUGGUGGGGCUAGCUUGUGCGUAGCACGAAGUCAAUGAGCGCUGAAGGUGCGAGUUUAUCUAGCAGGGUACCAGUUAUUGGCUUUAAUUGAUUGCAGGCUCAGGUCCAUAGUAAAAAAGGCCAUAUAAUAAAUAACUUAUUAACCUUGUCCGUUCAGUCAUUACAGGGAAAUCUCAGACCUCGGCCUUGAUGUAAUGACCUCGCUGUCGCUCGGUCAAUACAUCAAGGACUCGGUCUGAGCCUUUUCCCAGUAAUUACCUCACUAAGGGUUAAUAAGUAGUAUUAAUUUAUUGGGUGACUCCAUUUGGUCUCUAACUAGCCUGUUCCAGGCGUUCAGAUGGUGGGGAGCAGGCGAAAAAUUAGGGUGCAGUACGAUUUAACUUGCUCCCCACUAUCUAAACGCCUGAAACAGGCUAGUCUGUAACAGGGCGUUACAAUGUACUUACAGCCACUGCAGAGAUGACAUCCUUAUUUCAGAGAUUGUGUCACAUGUAUCCUGAAUCUGGUGUAGGCUUGGUUGGACUAGGAAUUGUAUUACUUCAUCAGAAGGAGGCCUUAAUGGCCAAAGCAUUACUACACAAAGGCAAGCAAAAGUGUCAUUUAACUGAUGAUUGAAAAUGACUUUAACUUGGGGCUCUUUAGUUUGUUUGGUCAUAGUUAGUACAAGAGACUUGUUAUGAAAGGCGGCAAACAUCAAAGAUAAAAACAACAGUGCUGCAAUGUUAUGGAAGCUCCCUGAUGGUGCAUUAUUGCAGAUUGUGACGUCUUUAUUGCAAUUGGUCAGUAAGAUCAAAAUAUUGGCAAUGCUAUUGAACUUUGGGCACCGUAAAGUUUAAUAAAACAAAUGACAAAAGAGACUGACGGGCUUUAUAACCAUUCCAUUGUAUUAACUAUGGUUAGGCAGGAAGAACAUAUCCCAUUCCAAAUCUGAACCAGGAACAUCCCAGCGAGAGACAUGUUUCUGACCUUUAACUAUAACAUAUUCAGCUUGGAGUGGAGUAGAUCAGUUAGUUUGCAUUGUUCUUGUGUAGGUUUGCAGGUGUUCAGUAAUUGUCCAUUUGGCUGGCUGGCUUUAUGUCAUUCUCAGAUAAGUCUUCACGACUACAAGGAAGCAGAGAAAAGUGCACUAAAAGGUACAGCAUAGUCUCGCUCUCUGUUUUCAGCCUCGUUCCAGACCUUUUGUUUGACUGCUCGCGCGUACUUGAAUACGCAAAAAUACGGACUGUUUUGCAUUCUAAGCAUACAUGGCCUCAAAAAACAAAUAACAUACUAUUCUUUUGUCCAUAUAUAUUUCAAAACCCUGCAACUUAAGGAACGUUAAAACGGGCAGCAAAAACGUGCAAUUUGUUUGGCAACGUUGCUGCAAAACGAGUCGAAUAGCUAUGUUUUGCGUUUUAGCGCCCACGAAUCAAACCUGUCUUGCAACAAAUCAGGUUGUUGUAUGUUGCGAAAAGUUGUUGCGGAAAGUAGAGACUAGUUCUACCCUUCGCAUCAAACUCUGUAUAUGUUGCGCGUUUUACCGGCCCCAAGGCAAACUUGCAACAAGUAACAUAACUGCCAUAUAUAGGGUGACUUCCGUUUAAUUAUCCAAUCAGAAGUCAGUAUUCAUAUCAAGCAAAUUGCAACACCCCGAUUUGUUACAAGACAGGUUUGACCGUGGGAAAUAAAACGGGCAACAUCGCUUUUUAACUCGUCUUGCUGCAAUAUUGCAAAACAAGUUGCACGUUUUGUUGCCUGUUUUACCAUAGCUUAUCGCUGUCUUUGGUGUAUAUAUGUUGUUCUUUGAGAACACACAAUGAACCUACACCAGGCUGAAAGUUGUUGGAGAACGUCAGUAUUUUGCCUAUUUUUUCGUUAAGACAAGAAAACGUGCAUAGCAAAUACUUCUAUCUAAAGGACGGUCUAACAGGGUUCUGGCCAAAUCUAGCACUCACCUAUUGAAAUGCUGUGAUAGGUAACAAAACUUAACAAGACAAUAGGAAUGUUUAAAACUCAACCCCUUUUAAUAAAUUAUGUGUUAGGUGCAAAAAAUGUCUUAAGUCUUUUUAAUGCUGAAAGUGUUUGUUCAUUUUUCUUUCAAGUACAUUUUAUUAGUGUUCUUUUUGUUUUUCUAUUGAUUAAAAGGCCUUGGUUGUCUACGUUCAUCUUUUCCUGACACAAGACAAGAACUUCAGAAAAAAUUAAGGUAGACAGGUUUUAGGUACUGGAUAUGUUAUUUAUGUGAGUGAUAAUAAUUUUUUUUAUUUGCUGUCGUAAUGAUUGUUUUGUAUUAAAAUUAAACCGUUAGUAUUCACCAUUGUUGUAUCGCUUCUCUGACAGCUUAUCCAGGGCAGAAGCUCUUCAAAAACAAGGCCCAAGUACUGCAUUUUCAGCAAAAGACAUUUAUCAAGAGGUUUGUAAUAAUGCAUCACAGUAAAGACCCCAUUUUUUGAAACAGCGGUUUUUCGAAAUUCCCGAUAAUUCGAACCAAACCAACUUCCCUUCACCAGUCAACACUGUAAUUUUACUCCCGAUUUUUCAAACCUUUCCAUAAUUCGAACUAAUUUGCUUUUCCAAAGGUAGUUAAAAAAAAUCGGGAUUCCACAGUGUUGACAAAAACAUGAACAAUCACUGACAUUGCAGUAAUGACUUUCAUGUAUAUAAUCUUCAUUUCAGUUAUUGAAAGAUGUUCAGCCUAGAGAUGAGGUAGAAAUUCUUACUGGACUGGGAAAAACGUUUCUUUCUCUUGACGACAUCACACAAGCAACAGAAGUGAGUAAUAUAUAUUCUACUUAUAGUGGUAGAUCUUUAAGAUAAGGAGGCUGGGGGAGGGUUUGGCGUUCGCAAUAUGGACCAUAAGAUCUGGCGACAACAACUCAGCACGUCAAGCUUUUUAGUACAUUCCCUUGAUGACUCUGCAUGACAUUGACUACGACGUGAACGUGGCUAAAUUUUCUUUCUCUUUCUGAACUAGGAUAUGGUUUUUUAGGAAUUCAAAUCGAGGAGAGUUAGCCUACGUUAAUUUUUGACAAAGAAAGUGAGUUUGAAUAAUCGCGAUGGAGAUCGAAAUAACGCGAAUUCUUUUUUAAGCGACGUUUUCGCUGCUGUCGCCGUCCUUGGAUCUUAACAUCCUUACUGUUUUUUCUAGUUUGAGGCCAACAACGUUUUUUCCUGUUGAAAUAGUUCUCAGGCACUAGUUGUUCAAAAGGUUGGGGUAGCACUAUACAAUGGAUUAAAUCAAUGCCCACUGGAUUGUGCAAUUGGUUUUUCUAUGACUUACCCAGUGGCGAAUAGGAACUGUUUUUCCGGUGGAAAGUGUUAUCCAUCUUUUGAACAACCGGGACCUGAACUACUGUCAGAUACUGGAGCAAACGUAGUUUUAGGGAUACAUGUUUAGAGACCUUCACUGAAUAACAACGCCACCGGACUUUGAAGCAGUAGGCCUAGGUUUGAUUCCAGCCAGGAUCAACUUUCCGGACCCUAAAAUAUCUGAGGUGAAGUGCUGCCUGCAAAUGGUUAGACAAUUUUCAGCCUUCUCGCGUAAGGACUAAAAACUGUAGGCCCUGUCUCACAGCACUUUCACUGAUAAUAUGACUCUCUGGGGACCUAAGAGAGCCCACAAUGCCGUUCGCAAAGAGUAGGGGACCUAGACUAGACUAGUGUGGUCAUGGAUGGGAUGCGUAGUAUUGCAUGGUUCAGAGGAUGGGACCAAUAAAGUAUUUUUAAUGUCCAUGGACUGCCCUUUUCCUCUCAGUAAAUUACUGAGGAGGAGGGGGGGAGGGUGUCGUCUGUACCCAGGCUAUGGGCUGCUAGACUUAAGAAAAGACAUCAUUUUUCCAGACCUGCUCUGACUUGUUGUUAAUAUGUGCCACAGGUUUGUGCGAAAGCUUUGUCCAUUGAUAAAGGCUCCCCAGAAGCUCUUUCCUUGCAGGUAUGCGGUGAAGUACUAAUUAGUCGUUAGGUUGAUAGCGUGCUGGUCGGACGUUUUCUAGAUCACUCUUGGCUUUUUACUAAAUCUGUAAUAAAUUUUUCAACUAUGACUAGAACGGAGAAACUAGAGAAAGAAAACCAAGCGUAAACGUGACAUGACAUGACAUGACCUGUCAUUACAUUACAUUAACAUAACAUACAUUACAUUACAUUAACAUAACAUAACGUAUCGUAACAUUAUAUUAACAUUAGCAUAACAUAACAUAACAUAACGUAACGUAACGUAACGUAACAUAACAACAUAACAUAACAACAUAACAUAACGUAACAACAUAACAUAACAUAACAACAUAACAUAACGUAACAACAUAACAACAUAACACAACAUAACACAACAUAACAUAACAAACAUAACAUAACAAACAUAACAAACAUACAUAACAUACAUAACAUACAUAACAUACAUAACAUUACAUUACAUUACAUUAACAUAACAUACAUUACAUUACAUUAACAUAACAUAACGUAUCGUAACAUUACAUUAACAUUAACAUUACAUCACAUUAACAUUCAUUACAUUAACAUUACAUUACAUUAACAUAACAUAACAUAACAUAACAUACAUUACAUUACAUUACAUUAACAUAACAUAGCAUAACAACAUAACAUAACAUAACAUAACAUAACACAACAUAACAUAACGUAACGUAACGUAACGUAACGUUACAUUACAUUGCAUUGCAUUGCAUUAGUUCAAACUAUGGUUUGAUCGAAGGAAGGUCCCCCAAAGGACUGGACCUGGUCAGUGGGUGCCUCUACGGAUGAUUAAGUGGAACUGGAAACUUGUAACUAGAGCCUUUAAAUGUGUUUGAGCCUGUAACCCCAAGAUCCAGUUAUCAUAAAAGAAAAUGAUAUUUUAAUUAAUGGUUCAGAUAAGUAAUAGGCUGAUUUAGCAACUGAUUGAUUUGCGCCUGCCGUCGUCAAUUGACGUUCCCCUUCUGUUGCUAAAUCAGCCUAAUAUGAAAGCAACAACGGUAAGGAACUUGUCGGAAUGCAAAAAGGCGCUAACGUUACUAUUGUCUGUAAGUAUACUAACUUCUGAUUGGUUUAAACAGCAAAAGUUACGAAAACUUCUCAACGGAAUGAUGAUGUGAACUGCGGAAAUACAAAUUUAUGUGAAAAUAUGAUUGUCGUAGUUAUAACUGCAAUUUGAACACCGAAACGUAACCCCCCCCAAAAUUUCGGGACUUCAACGGGAUUCGAACCCAUGGCACUGCA